UGCCGCGGGGGCGGCCUCCAAAACCCGGCGGUAGAGAAAACACCAAAGCAGCCACCGAGUCAGGUAAAAAAUAAAAAAAUAAAACAGGAGGAGGCGCGGACGGGCUCAGCAAAAGAAAAAAGCAAGAGCAAAACAAAACGUCUCCGGGCGCCGGGCUGAAUCCCUCACAUCGCUCGCGCAGGGUGAGAAAGGCACCGCGAAACAAUCCGCCGGGCCUCGCAUAUAGUCCCCGGAUAUGGAGGAAGGCGAAGGAGGAAGGCCGGGCCUAUUGUGCGAGGGACUUAGUGUGCGGCCGGCCCUGUGCGGAAUGAUACCGAGCUAACUCCGCGCAGCCGGAGGCGGAGGAGCGCAUGUUGCUACCGCCGCGCGCGCUUAUAAAUCUAUAUAUAGAGGGAGGGAAGGCGAGAUUCUGUCAGAACGGGCGAGGGAAGGGAAGCGGGAGAAGAGUGGGACGGGGAGCAAGGAGGAGGAGGGCGGCGUCGGCGGUGUUGGGCGUCGGGCGGCGUCGUCUCCUCUUCUCCCCGUUUGAGGCGCCCUUUCGAAGGCUAUCGCUGGCGCGGGGGAAAUGGGGGGUUCCCAUAGCGGAGUGGUUUUUCAUCCUGGGGCGAGCGAUGCGCUCUCGAGGCGUCCGUGUGAAGGGCCGUGCUUUCCCGCAGCCUCGAGAGGAAUGCGGGCGGCGCCACCUUUGCGGGCGCUCUGCUGCAGCAGCGGCGGCGGUUCCUCUCUCUGGAGCCUUGCUAGAGCAACACCCUGCCUUCACCCUCCGGUGCUCGGCGACCAUGUCGGAAGGCAGGAAGGCUGUGUGUAGUAGUGGUGCGGGGUCUGCUUUGUGUUCUUCCCAGAGCCCCGAGACCCACCAAGGUGCAAAAAGGACAGGCUCUGAAAAUGGGAGAAUUCUGAGCCAGGGAUUACCAGAACUCGGAUGAAGUCUUAACUCUCACACAAACCACUCCCUUCCUGGAUUCCCUAAAUUGACUUCAUUUCAACAGCGUAGGUAGAGAGGGAAAUCCAUUUCGUCCAUGCAGUUCCUAGACAAUUGGGGGUCAAAUCCUUGCUGACUGCCCACCUCUGCUUUCAAAUCCGUGGAACUUUUUGAGGCCCUCUUUGUACUCCAGUCCUGAGCGGCCCUAUCCAAAAAAGCAAGAUUAGGGCAUCAUAGGGGACCGUUGCUCUUCUAUUCCAGGUGUAGAUGGUUUAGGGUUUUUUGUACAGUACUUCCAGAGCAGAGGAGUGGGUACUGUUGAUGUUGUGCUUUGGGGCCCAGCCACAGCGAUGUCCUGUUUUACUUAUCCUAUGGAAGUACCAGAGAUGAUGAACCAGGCUGGUGAACCUGUGGCCCUCCUGAUGUUGUUGGACCACAACUCCCAUCCAUUGUGGCAGCAUGGCUAAUGGUCAGAGAUAAUGGGAGUUGUACUGCAGAACAUCUGGAGAGCCACAGAUUCACCAGCCUUUGCCUAUCCAUCCUUUGUCCUGAACUUGGUGGAACUUUUUUCUGAGUAGGCAUGAUUAGGAUUACAUUGAAGUAUUACAUUUAGGUAGACUUUGGAUAUAAAAGACAGGGAAACUAAAUAAAAUAUUUUCUUGCAUCUAUUUUCCUCCCCACCCCUGCAUCUCAAGCAUAAUUGGCUUUUGUUCUGCCCAUCUUGCCCCAGUUCUCAAACCAGUAAAAAAACAACAAACACACUACUUGAAAGAUGGUGUUCUAACACUGAAUACAGAGAACAAUAAUUAUACCCAGCAAGUACCAAACAUCCGUAAGUGUGAGAUCUGCUUUCUGUCUUUUUCGAAAGACACACAAUUCCAGCGCCAUAUGAGGGAUCAUGAGCAAAAUGACAAGCCUCAUCGAUGUGACCAGUGUCCGAUGUCGUUUAAUGUUGAGUUCAACCUUACACUGCAUAAAUGUACCCACAAUGGAGAAGAUCCUACUUGUCCUGUGUGCAACAAAAAAUUCUCCAGAGUGGCUAGUCUUAAAGCUCAUAUUAUGCUUCAUGAAAAGGAAGAGAAUCUUAUAUGUUCAGAGUGUGGAGAUGAGUUUACUUUGCAGAGCCAGCUGGCCCUACACAUGGAAGAACACCGUCAAGAAUUGUCUGGAAGCAAAACCCAUAUCUGUAAAACCUGUAAGAAAGAGGUUGAAACGUCUUCCCAACUAAAGGAGCACAUGAAAACUCAUUACAAAAUAAGGGUAUCAAACAGCAGGUCAUACAACAGAAAUAUUGACAGAAGUGGGUUUACAUAUUCAUGUCCACACUGUGGAAAGACUUUCCAGAAACCAAGUCAGUUAACACGGCAUGUUCGAAUACACACAGGUGAAAGGCCAUUUAAAUGUAGUGAAUGUGGAAAAGCAUUUAAUCAGAAGGGGGCAUUGCAAACCCAUAUGAUUAAACACACCGGUGAAAAACCCCAUGCCUGUGCCUUUUGUCCUGCAGCCUUUUCUCAGAAAGGCAAUCUUCAAUCACAUAUUCAGAGAGUUCAUUCAGAGGUGAAGAAUGGCCCUACAUAUAACUGUACAGAAUGUAGUUGUAUUUUCAAAAGUUUAGGCAGCUUAAAUACUCAUAUCAGCAAGAUGCAUAUGAGUAGCACACAGAAUACAACGAGUUCUACUACAGAAACAUCUCACUUGACAACGGAUUCUGUGGCUCAGCCUCUGACUUUAGCAACAGUUAAUUUGCUACAGCCUGUUGAUAAUAAAUGGAAGAAUACAGAAAAUCCAGCAACUUCAGUGGCAGGACAUCAAGGUCAGCAGUCUGUAACUGACGUCAUUCAGCAACUGCUUGAGUUGUCAGAGCCAGUGGAAAAUAAUCAGUCUCAGCAACCUGGUCAGCAACUCAGUAUGUCUGUGGGAAUAAACAGAGACAUUUUGCAGCAAGCCUUGGAAAACAGUGGGCUGUCUUCAAUCCCAGUCUCAACAAAUGCAGACUGCAGUGAAAACAAGACUCCUUCAAGUCAGGAUGAAAAUGCAGAAGUUCAGAAUCAAGUCAACACUAGCAAUCCAGAACCAAUUAAAGAGCAAGAAAAUCCAGAUAAAGUAGAGAAAAAGGAAAAAAGAGUUCUGAAGAAAAAAUCCCAGUUUUUACCUGGUACCAUACGUGAGGAAAACGGAAUUCGAUGGCAUAUUUGUCCGUAUUGUUCUAAAGAAUUUAAGAAGCCCAGUGAUCUAGUGAGACACAUCCGCAUUCACACGCAUGAAAAGCCAUUCAAAUGUCCGCAAUGUUUCCGGGCCUUUGCUGUGAAGAGCACCCUCACAGCACACAUUAAAACACAUACCGGCAUUAAGGCUUUUAAGUGCCAGUACUGUAUGAAGAGCUUUUCUACCUCAGGAAGUUUAAAAGUGCAUAUUCGCUUACAUACAGGUAUUAGACCUUUUGCUUGCCCACACUGUGAUAAAAAGUUCCGAACUUCUGGUCACAGAAAGACACACAUUGCCUCUCAUUUUAAACACACGGAACUAAGGAAGAUGCGGCAUCAGCGUAAACCUGCAAAGUUUCGUACAGGAAAAACGAGUGUUCCAGUGCCUGAUAUCCCUUUGCAAGAACCUAUACUCAUCACAGAUUUAGGUCUUAUCCAGCCAAUCCCAAGAAAUAGCCAGUUCUUCCAAAAUUACUUCAAUAAUAAUUUUGUGAAUGAAGCGGAUAGGCCAUAUAAAUGUUAUUACUGUCAUAGAGCAUAUAAAAAGUCUUGCCAUCUUAAACAGCAUAUACGAUCACAUACUGGUGAGAAACCAUUCAAAUGUUCUCAGUGUGGAAGAGGCUUUGUGUCUGCUGGAGUAUUGAAAGCACAUAUCCGAACACACACAGGAUUAAAAGCUUUCAAGUGUCUAAUAUGCAACGGGGCUUUCACAACUGGCGGGAGUCUAAGGAGGCAUAUGGGCAUCCAUAAUGACCUUCGACCAUAUAUGUGCCCAUAUUGUCAGAAAACGUUCAAAACCUCAUUAAACUGCAAAAAACACAUGAAAACUCACAGGUAUGAGCUUGCACAACAGCUGCAACAGCACCAGCAAGCUGCUUCAAUUGAUGAUACAACAGUAGAUCAGCAGAGCAUUCAUGUUUCUACUCAGAUGCAAGUUGAGAUUGAAAGUGAAGAGCUGCAGCAAACGGAAGCUGUAACAACGGAUCAAGAAACUAUUUUAGAUUUGGACCAGCAGCAGGUUGUGGACUCGGAGGAAACUGAACUGAGGCCACAGUUGACUGAUCAACCACUUGGUCAAGAGGAAGAUAGAUUUGUGACAUCCCAACAUGCACUGCAAGAAAAUAUGAAUCAGUUUGAACAGCAGACUAUAGCACAGCAAUCAUUUGAUCAGCAAGCAUUAUCACAAGGUUUUACUGUUAAUGAUGGCUACAGUCAGCAAAAUCAAUUUCCAGCAGUACAGCAGCUUCAAGAUUCAAGCACCCUUGAAUCCCAAGCUCUUUCAACAAGCUACCACCAACCAAAUCUACUUCAGGUUCCUGCACCAGAUGCUAUUAAUGUAACCACCCGCCUGAUUCAAGAUCAGUCACAAGAACUUGAGCUGCAUCCUCAACGCUCUCAGUUUCUGGAAGAUAAUGAAGAUCAAAACAAGCGUUCUUACAGGUGUGAAUAUUGCAACAAGGGUUUCAAGAAAUCCAGCCACUUGAAACAGCAUGUACGUUCUCACACUGGAGAAAAGCCUUAUAAAUGCCAGUUGUGUGGACGAGGAUUUGUUUCUUCUGGGGUUCUUAAAUCUCACGAGAAGACACAUACAGGAGUCAAAGCAUUCAGUUGCAGCAUUUGCAAUACGUCCUUUACUACUAAUGGAAGCCUUACUAGACAUAUGGCAACUCACAUGAGCAUGAAACCAUACAAGUGCCCAUUUUGUGAUGAAAGUUUCAGAACUACAGUUCACUGCAAAAAGCACAUGAAAAAGCAUCAAACUGUGUCUUCAACAGCAGCAUCAGGUGGAGAAACAGCAGGAGGAGAAGAUGAUGAUGAGACCUCUGAAAGAACAUCUUCUAGAAAAUCUAGACCUGGUGUUAUCACUUUCACAGAGGAAGAAACAGCAGAACUUGCAAAAAUCAGGCCACAAGAAAGCGCAACUGUUUCUGAAAAAGUUCUUGUCCAGUCUGCUGCAGAAAAGGACAGAAUUAGUGAAAUCAAAGACAAGCAAGCAGAAAUGGAAGCUGAGCCAAAAUAUGCCAACUGUUGUACUUACUGUCCAAAAAGCUUUAAAAAACCUAGUGAUUUAGUCAGGCAUGUGCGUAUCCAUACGGGAGAAAAACCAUAUAAAUGUGAUGAAUGCGGCAAGAGUUUUACCGUAAAGUCUACUCUGGAUUGCCAUGUGAAAACGCACACAGGUCAGAAACUCUUCAGUUGUCAUGUCUGCAGCAAUUCAUUUUCUACAAAAGGUAGUCUGAAAGUGCAUAUGCGCUUACAUACUGGAGCAAAACCCUUUAAAUGCCCUCACUGUGACUUGAGGUUUCGAACUUCUGGACGGAGGAAGACCCACAUACAGUGUCACUUUAAACCAGAGGCCAAGAAGGCCAGGAAACCUGCACCUCGCACUCCUGCUGAGGGAUUACAGCCAGUAAAUCUUCUGAAUUCAUCCUCAACAGAUCCCAAUGUUUUCAUCAUGAAUAAUUCUGUUCUGACAGGCCAGUUUGACCAAAAUUUGCUUCCACAAGGUCUCGUUGGUCAGGCCAUACUUCCUGCUUCAAUGUCAGCUGGAGGUGAUUUAACUGUAUCCUUGACGGAUGGUAGUUUGGCAACACUUGAAGGAAUACAGUUACAGCUGGCUGCUAACUUGGUUGGACCAAACGUUCAAAUAUCUGGAAUAGAUCCUACCAGCAUUAACAACAUUACAUUACAAAUUGAUCCCAGUCUUUUGCAGCAGACACUACAACAGGGUAAUGUACUGACCCAGCAGCUAACUGGGGAUCCCAGUUUGGCUACUCAGAACACCUCCCUCCAGACAGCAGAUAGUUCAGUGCCAGCAAAUGUGGUAAUACAACCUUUGUCAAGCUUGUCCUUACAGCCCACUGUUACCUCUUCAGCAAAUAUGACGAUAGGACCUAUAUCUGAGCAAGAAGCUGUUUUGACUACUAACGCUACUGGUUCACAGGAUCUUUCUCAGGUCAUGACUUCACAGGGUAUGGUUUCAAAUUCAAAUGGCCAGCAUGAGAUUACAUUGACAAUAAAUAAUUCAAGUCUGAGCCAUGUUUUAGCUCAUGCCUCUAGUACAACUACUUCAAACUCAUCAGGAACCCCUCAAGAAAUUACCCUUACCAUAUCAGGCCAGGAUCUUAUUCAGCAUAAUUCCUCUGGAGGUAAUGAACUGAAUGGGAAUCUACGACUGGCAACCCCAGCAAUCAAUAAUCAGUCAGCAGGUGCUACAUUAACAAUAAGUAAUGAUCAACUCCUCUCUCAGAGCCCAGUGCUGAACAGUAGUUCAGAGCUUAAUGCAUCAAGUGGGAAUCUUCCUUCAACACCACCCAUGUCUCAGCCAGCUCAGAAUUUAGUAAUGUCGUCACCAGGAGUAGGAGGAGAUGGUAGUGUCACAUUGACCCUAGCCGAUACUCAAAGUAUGCUAUCUGCUGGUCUUGAUGCGGUGACUCUUAACAUCACAUCGCAGGGACAACAGUUCCCUGCUUUACUGUCAGAUUCUAAUCUCUCUGGACAGAGCACUUCAAGCUCCCAGCAAGUGAUACUAGUGAGUCAUACCCCACAUUCAAUACCUACAAACCAGGAUGAAUUAGCAUAUCAGGUGAAUGAGAUUUCGCCAAGUUUAUCUAAAGGCAUUCAAGCUGAAAAAGAGCCUCGUGUGCACCAGUGUUUUGAAUGUAGUCAGACUUUUUCUUCAGCUGCCAUGCUUAUGCAGCACAGUAAAGAAGUUCAUGGAAAAGAAAGAAUCCAUGUUUGUCAUAUUUGCAAUAAAGCCUUCAAACGAGCAACACACCUUAAGGAGCAUUUGCAGACUCAUCAGGCAGGACCAUCAUUAAGUUCUCAAAAGCCAAGGGUAUUUAAAUGUGAUACCUGUGAAAAAGCUUUUGCUAAGCCGAGCCAGCUGGAAAGGCAUAGCCGCAUUCAUACAGGAGAACGACCGUUUCAAUGCACGUUGUGUGAGAAGGCUUUUAACCAGAAGAGUGCUUUGCAAGUUCAUAUGAAAAAACACACAGGAGAAAGACCAUACAAAUGUGAUUAUUGUGCAAUGGGAUUUACCCAGAAAAGCAAUAUGAAACUUCAUAUGAAAAGAGCCCAUGGCUAUUCUGGCACAAUACAAGAAUCUACCAGUCAUCAAGGACAGGAAGGCGAAGACAUUAAUCGUGCUCUGAAUUUGGAAGAGGUUGUUCAAGAAUCUUCAAAUGAAUGGCAGAACAUAACCAAUAUUUUUUGAUGACAACCAAGGUGAAAGCUCAAAAUGCUUUCAGGACUAGAAUUUUUAUAAGGAUAGUCACCUGUGGAUUUUUACUAUUAAAACUGAACAUAUUGAAAAUAAUAAGAUAAUAUAACUUUUUAAAUUUUACAAAACUACCAAAAGAAUGAUUGUCUUUUGUAAGCUUGUAGGAUAUCGAAGAAACACCAGAUACACUUUGCUAUCUUGACUACAAUCAAUGAUCUCAGGUACAUGGAGUUUGCUCAUCUUUUGAAUCCCAUCAUAUGUGUAUUCAUGUAAAAAAACAAAAGACACACGCCCAGACCUUGGUAUCAAUGAAGGUUGAUUAGAAGGUAGACAGCAUGGAAGUUCUGGCAAUCAUGAGGAUGUCCUGACUGUUUAAAAUUAAUUGGAAGAAAGAGUAUCUCAAAGUUAGAUGCAUGCAGUAGAGAAUUCAUAUUACAAUAUGGCAUUAAAUGUCUGGUAUUGCUUUAGUUCAUUAAUUGGUAUUACAUUAUGGUGCUGAUGUUGCUGACAUGUCAGAAAGUGAUGGACCAUAUUCAUUUUAUUAAAGCUAUUUUUAAAAUUAAUUUCUUAAUUGUACAUGUUUAGCUUCACAUUCAGCAAUAAUUAUUCAAAGAAAAUGUAACUGAUAAUAGAAUCCCCUUGAACUGAACAACAAAUGCACAUAUUUUCUGUGUUAGGUCUUAAUGCUCAGAAGUUUUAACUUGAUAACUGAAAAACAUAAGCCAUAAGUUAAAAAUAAUAGGGCAUACUAAACUAUGCCUUGUCGAGCAAACCAAGUGAGCUGUAGCACAAGUUGUAUCAGCAAAUGCAGAUUGGUUUCUGACAGCCCCCAAUUAAUAUAACCUUGAUUUUGUUGCCAUUUAAUUAAAAAUAAAAAUAAAACUACCUAGGCUUUUCAGUAAUGUUCUGAAAAGCCCCAUUUACUUAGAAAAGGUAAUAUAUCUAAAGAAACACUGGAAUAAAGCAUUUUCUGUUUUAAGACAUUCCAAAGACAGAAGGAUUUUGCUUAAUUUUACUUUAAAUUUUCGAAUUUCUUUAUAUGUUAUAUAUAUGUGUGCGUAUGUAUAUAUACAGAUAAUUAAGCCUCUAUGUGGCUGUUGAGUAUAUUUUGUAAAUAACAAAAAUCCCAGUUACAGGAAGUGCUCAUAAAGUUUUCAACUUUAAGUGACCACUUCAAAAUCAGUAUUGAUUCAUUUUAUUGUAAUGUAGACAUGUUAUACCUUUCUGAAGAAUAAUUGCUUUUUAUUUGCCCUCAGUUCCAGAAAGAACAUAUAUGUACAUAUAAUUUAUACUUGUGUAUUAUACGACUAGUUCUUUCUAUUUCCUGAAUGGGAAAAAUCACUGCUUUUUGAUAGGACAUCUCAUUAUUGUUUUGUUAACUAUGGACAUAUGUAUAUAAGUGAUAUAGCUGGUGACUUGAAAAUAACACUUUGUUAUGUGGAAAUAUUUAAGUCAGACAUAUUUUAAAUAAUAUUAAUUUUUUCCAAACUUGGUUUUGUGUCUGAUAUGUUCUUCUUUUUCAGAAGUUUUGAAUGGGUGUUCCUAUUGAUUUGAUGGGGAGGAAAUCUUAACUAGUGUGGCUGAACAAGAGAGCACUUGGUGUUGAUUCUGUAGGCUUCUCAUAGCUCAGAUGAACCAGUAUCACCACACCAUCCUUAGUUGAAGUACAGUGGUACCUUGGUAGUCGAACCUAAUCCAUUCCAGGAGUCCAUUUGAAAACCAAGGCGCGGCUUCUGAUUGGCUGCAGGAGCUUCCUGGUCUCAAUCGGAAGUCGUGUCAGACGUUCGGUUUCUGAAAAACGUUCACAAACUGGAACACUCACUUCCAGGUUUGGGAGUCGAUUUGUUUGGGAGCCAAGCCAUUCUACUACCAAGGUACCACUGUACCAGUGAUAUGUCCUUAGUGCCCCCCCUUCUGUUAAAUCAUGUCUUUCACAGUAGAAUCUCUGUGUAAACAUCAGUAAUGUUAUGUCUGUCAUUCAGAAUAUUUUCAAAUCAUGUAUCUAUAUCUUCCUACAUUACAUAAAAACGUGAGAUCAUCACACAGCCAUGAUAUCAGAGUGUAGCCACCAUUGGACAAUUUUGGGGCCUCGUCACAAUCCCAGGUUUGCAUAAAGUUAGGCCGUUGGGGAGGGGAGCGAAAGAAGGCACAUUUAGAGGUUUGAUUAAAGCAGGGAUGGAAGAACACAGAGGAGCUGUGA